AUGCUGAGCUCCGAAUGUAUGGUGGUGCCGCCACCUAUGUGGAGGAGUCUGCGAGCGUGGCUGCCUCUUGACGUUGAACACGAACUGUGUAAAGACCCAGAGACAGAAGAAGACAGCAUAAACGCUCAUGUAUCUCGCCCGGUGACGUUGACGGAUGAAACAGGCAAAAGAACAUACAGACGAACUUGUCCUUUGUUGCAGCGUGUCAGUCCUUUCUUGUCUAUGGGUGCCGAUCAGUGGCGGCAGAUCCGCUUUGGCACUAGGGUUCUCUCUGCGUUUAAAGUUGUAAUGGACAGAGAUAACUGGCGCGUUGGGCUGCAAGAGAAAUCACCAGAACCUAACAACGAUUCCGCCUGUGCUGCACGGGCUGCCUGCAUAGGCGAACAGAUGUACGUGCCCUAUACAAACCGGUGCGCUGAUCCUGACUGCAGCCUCAAGAUUCUCUUCGAGUUAAACCAGGAGACGAAAGUAUGUGAAAUGGCGUGGUGGGUACCCAGUGCAGUAGUGACCGCAGUUGCAGCGCUGGUGACCCUCGAACUGUUUGUCCUCCAUCUUCGCCAGAAGGUGGUAGCUGAAGCUUGCUCAGGAAGACAGUGA